UCUUUCAGCUCCUGCAAACUGCUUGAUUAAAUUUAUCUUUAGAUGAUCUUGUUUAAUUACUUGAAUUUAUGCUGCCAUAAUCGAGAAGAUAUGCUGAUCUGCCUCCUAUAUCAUGUGAUAAAAUAAAUAAAUAAUGUAGCAAAAUCUAUAGGGGUCAUAAAAUGAAAUAAAUAUAAUUCUCCUGUCUCUCUAUAUUCCCGAAAAAACAAAGCCUAAAAUGUCUGUGGCUGUCAUCAGAGUUCCUUGUUCAUUACAAACGACAUUCGGGCUCAUCGUCAAAUGUAAGAAAAUGCCAAACACAAGAUUCUCCUCUAAAUCCCUCCAAUCCAAAACAGAGAUUUCCACUUCAGACACAGUCCCAGGUCCCAAUGAAGUUUCUGUGCCAGAAGUUCGUGUUUUUGUGAGGAAAAGGAAAGUGAAAACCACUGUUGAGGCUGCUGAAAAGGAGGUUAAAGUAGAGCCCAGGAAGCAGAAAUUAUCUGCUUUACCUGACAUUGAAGAAUUUGCAUACAAGAAAGGAAAUGGUCCUGCCCUGAUAAGGAAGUUAAAAUCUACCGAAAAUGUGCUUCCUGUGGACAGUGAAGCUGCUUCUACUAUUAGGCCAGCAGGUGAACCACCUCUCAACUGGGACAAAGUCCUUGAAGGGAUUCACAAAAUGAGGUCUUCUGAAGAUGCACCAGUAGACACCAUGGGAUGUGAGAAAGCUGGCAUCUCUCUUCCUCCUGGGGAAAGAAGAUUUGCGGUCUUGGCAUCAGCACUUCUCUCAAGCCAAACAAAGGAUCAUGUUACUCAUGGAGCAAUUCAGCGUCUUCAGCAAAACAAUCUGCUUACUGCUGAUGCCAUUGACAAAGCUGAUGAAACAGCAAUCAAGGACUUGAUUUACCCGGUUGGCUUUUAUACAAGAAAAGCUAGUAAUUUGAAGAAAAUUGCAAAAAUUUGUCUCUUGAAGUAUGACGGCGAUAUACCUAGUUCUUUGGAGGACUUACUGUCCCUUCCAGGGAUUGGACCAAAGAUGGCUCAUUUGGUAAUGAAUAUUGCUUGGAACAAUGUUCAAGGGAUUUGUGUAGAUACUCAUGUGCACCGCAUUUGCAACCGCCUUGGAUGGGUGGCACGGCCAGGCACAAAACAGAAAACUUCAACUCCUGAGGAAACAAGAGAGGCUUUGCAACUAUGGCUUCCAAAGGACGAAUGGGUUCCAAUAAACCCUCUUUUGGUGGGAUUUGGGCAGACAAUUUGUACUCCACUUAGACCUAGAUGUGGAAUGUGCUGCAUAAGUGAGUUCUGUCCAUCUGCAUUCAAGGAGACCUCAAGUCCGGCAUCCAAGCAGAAAAGGUCCGGUGGGAGCAAAAAGCUCUAAAACACUAGUUGGUUUUGAUUUUUGGCCUCCCGUUCUUACUUUGUAUUUGCAUUGCAAUAGCCGAGGAAGUAUAGUUUUAAGUUAUUCCGUUUUGUGGCAUUCUGCUGUGUAUCAAAUGUUGGUGCUUCAUAGGCAGCAUAGGCAAAAGAUGGUGCCCAUAUUUUAUUGGCAAGGCGAUAGAAGCAAUGCAGUUUUGGGAGGGGAAUGAGUGCUAUCUUAAACAAACUUGUAUAUGUAACGAUUGAAUCAAAUCCAUAACUAUUUUGCUUUACGUUAACCAUACAUUCAACAGAAAGCAUUUCAUUAAUGGUACAGAAUUUUUGGGCAA